UUGACUGUUGGCUGUUGGUGCUGAAGCGAGCGAAUGGCUGCAGAGAAGGGAUCGAGGGAAGCCGAAGAGGAGUACGUGUACCGAAUCAGUACGGCGGCGGAGUGGGAGGAGUUCCAGAAAAAUGGAUCCAUUUUCGGUGGAGAGCUUGACAAGUCCUCUGGCUUCAUCCAUCUAAGCAAGCUCGACCAGGUACAAUCAACUUUACAGAAUUUUUUCCUUAACACGAAGGUGGAUUUGUACUUGCUUCAAAUUGAUGCUAAAAAGCUUGGAGAUGGGUUGAUAUAUGAAAUUGUGGAUGGUUCCAACAGCUUCCCUCAUUUCUAUGGCCCUUCACGGAGUUUCAGUCCUCUCCCUUUAAGUGCAGUUACCAAAGCAGAGAAGCUUUCGCUGUCAGGAACAGAGUGAUGUGAUUAUGUAAAGCUUCCUCCAUCAUCAAAGCUUGGCCUACCCACUAAAACCAAAUAGUUGUAUUGAAACUGGAAUAUGUGCCUUUUUUGGAAGGUGGGUUUGUCUUUGCCUCUGAAUCCUUCAAAAAAAAAGGGGCUGUGCGAGACAAAAUCAUUUUGAAUGCAACUCCAGCAUAAUAAAGAGGAGUGAAAAAGGAGUCCUUUAGAAAAGAAAAGAAAAGAAACAAAUAAAGAUUGAAAACAAUUUUCGCUUGCA